UUGUUGUUUGACAGACGUUCUCACUCGGCAUCUUGGCAUGGAUGGUUGAUGCCAAAACCGCGUGACAUAGUUUAAUUUAUCGAACUUGGUGCUAGAAUAAAUAGUUUAUUGUUAUAGCGUUAAAAAAUGGCUGAAAAGUAUGACAAAAAUGGUUACAACAGUAGUGAUUUCAAGCGGAAUGCGCCGCAAGACCAACAAAUUGAAAAUGAACAAGAACAAGAUGGCGAAGAUAAUCCCAAAAUAAAUGAAAAAGCCGGCGAAUACAUGAGAGAGCUGUUAAGUGAAAAGAUAAAACUUAAUAAUGCUAAGUUUCCAAUUGUUAGCAAACUUAUUGACCAAGAGGUCACGAAAGUCCAGGCUUCUGGUAGGAUACCUAGCAAGGACUCAAAAUACUUGGAUGUAUUCCGUGACAAACCCGCCAAGGUUGUUGUCAAGGUCUUGGUGCCUGUUAAGGAGCAUCCUAAGUUCAAUUUCGUUGGCAAGCUACUCGGCCCUAAAGGUAACACAAUGAAGCACCUCCAAGAAGAAACCAUGUGCAAAAUGGCUGUACUAGGUAGAGGAUCUAUGAGGGACAGACAAAAGGAGGAAGAGUUCCGUAACUCUUUGGACCCCAAAUACGCGCAUUUGACAGACGAGCUGCAUGUGGAGAUCAGUGCCAUCGCGCCGCCGGCGGAGGCGCACGCGCGCAUCGCGUACGCUCUGGCCGAAGUCAAGAAGUAUCUGGUACCGGACACCAAUGAUAUGAUCUGGCAGACUCAGAUGAGGGAUAUUGAGAGAGGAGGUAGCUCGUGGCACCCUGCAGGUCCGUCGUCGGUCCCGGCGGGCCCGCGCGGCGCCCGGCCGCCGCCGCGCCUGCCGCCCGCGCCGCCGCUGCAGCGCGCCAUGCCGCCCAAGAACAAGGUCAUCAGCAUCCUCGACCGCGCGCGCACCGCCAUGGAGACCUCCUAUCCUUACGAUGACGUGUACGCUCAGCAGCCGGAGCCGCCGAUCCGCGGUCCAGUCCGUGGCGCGGCGCCUGAGUCUGACUUCUACUACGAGCGCAACCACGACCGCUACUACGAGGACGACAGCUACGGCUACAAGGAGGACGCGCGCGAGUACAAGUCAGCGCGCGCGGUGGGCACGCGCCGCGCCGCGCCCAUGCACGCCGCGCCGCGACACUACGCGCGGCCCGAGCCCUACGCGCGCCCGCCCAAGUAGACCCGCUUGACGACGAUAAAAAAGCGCUCCCACUAAUACCGGUGAGUAAUUAGGUUGUAUUGGAACUAAAAACAAGAACAAUUAAAAACUGACGGAAAAUAAUGAAGAACUAAUUAAACCUAAAACCUACAGAAGACAAACAAUACAACUUCUAAGUACACAAAAUGUCUGACAAUCUGCUAAAGCUAGUUAUAAUUUUGACAAAACUCACAAAUAAUUGUGUGUUGUCUAUUAAAAGCAAUACUGAUUAGUAAAAAUCGUAUAAAAAUAUUAUGUUGACAAAAGAAUUAUUUUAUUUUUGUUUUCUUUUAUAAACAGCAUUUAAGCAUGUCAGUGCUGCUAAUUUAAAAAUGUAUAAUGCGAAGCCGAAUUCGCUAUGAUCGAAAUAAAAGUUUAUAUGUAAAUUCCAAAAAGCAACUUAAAAAAACUUUGUUAGUAAGUAAUUUUUAAUAAUACUAGUUCUAUUAAAACAAUUUCAACAUGUUUUGUUAGUUAAUGUAAAAGCACAUAGAAUAUAGCUAACCAUAGAAAGAUGCGGGCCAUAAAAGUUACAAAUGUAUCUAAAAAGGUUUUGCACUUUCUUAAAAUAUAAGGUAUGUUAAAACAUGUUGAACAACAGAAAAUAUAAAUGUAUUCAAUUUUUGUGUGACUAUGAAAUAAAUUAAUAAACAAAAAUAACAAUCUUUAAU